AGGACCGCUCUCAUGUGCUGUGUGGAGGAGGAACAGAGACCUGCAUUCUGCUCUGCGCAGUAGUGGAUACCAGGCGAUCGGGUGGAGGAAUUUUUAAGCCUACUUUUCUGUCUUUUCUUCUUGUUUUGCAGUGGAAAUGAGAAGAGGAGACCAAUAAAAAAAGCGCGUUAAAGCGGCCUUGAGGUCAGGAUGAUGCAAGAACCAGGAUCUUCCCUGGCUUAAUUCCUCUGGGAGGAAAAGACGGAUUAGGGAGAAGUAGACCAAGGUGACAGAGGACCAUGCACACUUUCUCUUGUCCACUGGAUGCGAGAUAACUCAGAUGCCCUUUGCUAUUUAAACGGAAUCAGCUAAUUUAUCUCCUACUUUCAUCCCUUCGUUUCUUUUUGAGGAAUACCGCAUGCCUCAGCUGAAUUCACAGACACAAGUUUGAGAUUCGUUCUUCUGACUUCUCUUGCAGUUCAAAGGGUGCCCACUAAUGGAGAGAAGGAGAGAUUUUGGAAAAAAUCAAGCCGGAACCAGAGAGUGACAAAGAAGCUAAAGAAUCUGCUGAACACUCAGCACUUGGAAUAAGGCCCUUGGAGAUUUUGAGUGUGCCACUCUGUAGUUUAAUCCCCCACUGGAAAAGAAACACAGAGUUUUGUCAGCUAUCCUGCCCAAGAUUCACCUCCGUUUAUAAAAAUUUUAUUCAGGAUUUAAUCAGGAUGACAAGGGAAACCAGGUCCUCAUGGUGGCCCAUGUGGCUCUUAGCCUUAAUGGGGUACUUUCAUUCUGUGGAGGCUCUGGAGUUUGGUGGAGCACCAGGGCAGUGGGCUCGCUAUGCCCGCUGGGAGGCAGGUUCGAUCGGAGAGCUAAGUUUCAGUCUGAAAACCAAUGUUAGCAAAGCCCUCGUACUGUACCUGGAUGAUGGAGGCAACUGCGACUUUCUAGAGCUCCUGAUCGCAGAGGGACAUCUAAAGUUGCGUUUCGCCAUCCACUGCGCUGAGCCAGCCAGCAUUCACAUGGAGACUCGUGUCAGUGACGACCGUUGGCACAUGGUCCUCCUUACACGCAACUACCGCGAGACUAUGCUUAUGGUGGAUGGUGAGACCAAAGUGGCAGAGGUUCGCUCCAAGCGCAGGGAGAUGGCCGUGGUUAGUGACUUAUUCGUGGGAGGAAUUCCACCAGAUGUUCGCCUGUCUGCCCUCACCUCCAGCACGGUAAAAUACGAGCCUCCGUUCUUGGGCCUUAUUUCCAACUUGAAGGUGGGCGAGAUGCCUCCUACCUUGCUUAACAGCCAAGGAAUUCAGAGCGACCUGGAGUACUUGUGUACCAAGCAAAACCCAUGUCUUAAUGGAGGAUUCUGUGUUGUCCAGUUUGGAGAGGUGCAAUGUGAUUGCACGCACACACGCUUCAGGGGGAAAUACUGCAAGGAAGAAGAUUACGCCGUGGAAGGUCUGGCGCACCUGACGUUAAACAGCCAAGGAGAUUCAUCCCAAGUGGCAGGUAAAGAAGAAUCGGUGGCAACGUUCAAAGGAAAUGAGUUUUUCUGCUAUGACCUGUCCAUGACCCCCAUUCAGAGCAGCACGGACGAGAUCACGCUGUCCUUCCGAACCCUGCAGCGGAACGGCCUCAUGCUUCACACGGGCAAAUCUGCCGAUUACGUGAACCUGUCGCUGAAAAGUGGCGCCGUCUGGCUCGUCAUCAACCUCGGCUCCGGCGCCUUCGAGGCGCUCGUCGAACCCGUCAACGGCAAGUUCAACGACAACGCCUGGCACGACGUCAAGGUCACGCGAAACCUGCGGCAGCACUCAGGCAUUGGACACGCUAUGGUGACCAUAUCAGUGGAUGGCAUUUUGACCACCACUGGUUACACACAGGAGGACUAUACCAUGUUGGGCUCUGAUGAUUUCUUCUACAUUGGUGGUAGUCCCAACACCGCUGACCUUCCGGGUUCACCAGUCAGCAACAACUUCAUGGGAUGCCUUAAAGAUGUUGUAUACAAGAACAACGACUUUAAGCUGGAACUCUCACGGCUGGCCAUCGAACGUGACCCAAAGAUCAGUCUCCAUGGCGACUUGGUAUUCCGCUGCGAAGAUGUAGCGGCGCUCGAUCCUGUGACCUUCGAGACACCCGAGUCAUACAUCGCUCUCCCACGUUGGGACACCAAAAAAACGAGUUCCAUCUCGUUCGACUUCCGGACAACGGAACCCAGCGGCCUGCUUCUCUUCAGCCACGGCAAACCUCAGAGCAACAAAGAGCAACGGCACGGGCGCGAGCUCAAAACGGACUACUUCGCCAUGGAGUUGCUGGACGGCUACUUGUACCUGCUUAUGGACAUGGGCUCCGGGAGCAUCAAGCUUAAAGCCAGCAAUAAGAAGGUCAACGAUGGGGACUGGUGUCACGUUGACUUCCAGAGGGAGGGGAGAAAAGGUUCCAUUUCAGUGAACAGCCGCACCAUGCCCUUUAACUCCAACGAGGGCAGUGAGAUUCUCGAUCUGGACAGUGAUAUGUACCUAGGUGGGCUUCCCGAGUCUCGGCAGGACCUCAUCCUCCCCCCUGAGGUAUGGACGGCGUUGCUUAACUACGGUUACGUGGGCUGCGUGCGCGACCUCUUUAUCGACGGAAAGAGCCGCGAUGUCCGCCGCUUGGCCGAGAUCCAGAGCGCGCUUGGGGUCAGCAGCUUCUGCACCCGGGAGCUCCAGAAGAGGUGCAGCAGCACCCCGUGUGGAAACGGUGGACUCUGCAAGGAGGGCUGGAACCGCUAUAUCUGUGACUGCACAGGCACUGGAUACCUGGGCAGCAACUGCGAAAUAGAGGCCGCGGUGUUAAGCUACGAUGGCAGCAUGUAUCUGAAGAUCAUCAUGCCGAGCACCAUGCACACCGAGGCAGAGGACCUGGCCCUGCGCUUCAUGUCCCAGCGAGCCUACGGCCUCCUGGUGGCCACCACGUCCAAAGAGUCCGCAGAUACGCUCCGUCUGGAGCUGGACGGUGGUCGGGUCAAGCUCACCGUCAAUCUGGAUUGUAUCAGGAUAGACUGUAACCUCAGUAAAGGUCCUGAAACUUUGUAUGCUGGCCAGAAGCUCAACGAUAACGAGUGGCAUUCAGUAAAAGUGGUGCGCAGAGGCAAGAAUCUGCAGUUGUCUGUGGACAAUAUCACCACUGAAGGUCAGAUGACUGGAGCCCAUACCCGCCUAGAGUUCCACAACAUUGAGACAGGCAUCAUGACAGAGAGACAGUUUAUCUCAGUCGUCCCAUCCAACUUCGUCGGCCACCUACAGGGACUGAUGGUCAACGGCGUGCCCUACCUCGACCAGUGCAAGAAUGGUGACAUCUCCUAUUGCGAGCUCAACGCCCGUUUCGGCAUGCGCCACAUCAUCGCCGACCCUGUAACUUUUAGAAGUAAAGGAAGUUACCUGGCGUUGGCUACGUUGCAAGCAUACGCCUCUAUGCACCUGUUUUUCCAGUUCAAAACCACCAGCUCCGAUGGCCUGAUCCUCUACAACAGUGGAGAUGGAAGUGAUUUUAUCGUAGUGGAGCUGGUAAAAGGGUAUAUCCACUACGUCUUCGACCUGGGCAAUGGACCCUCUCUGAUGAAAGGCAACUCAGACAAGCCGCUGAAUGACAACCAGUGGCACAACGUGGUGGUUUCCCGUGACACUAACAACAUGCACACGUUGAAAAUCGACUCCCACACCGUCACCCAGCACUCCAAUGGAGCCCGCAACCUGGACCUUAAAGGAGAGCUGUAUAUAGGUGGUGUGGGGAAGACGAUGUAUAACAGUCUGCCCAAGCUGAUUGCGUCCCGUGACGGCUACCAGGGCUGCCUGGCGUCCGUGGACCUGAACGGGAGGCUGCCAGACCUGAUUGCAGACGCCCUCCACAGGGUGGGCCAGGUGGACCGAGGAUGCGACGGACCCAGCACCACCUGCACGGAGGACUCCUGCCAUAAUCAGGGGGUGUGUCUGCAGCAGUGGGAGGGCUUCUCGUGCGACUGUAGCAUGACGUCCUAUGGAGGCUCAUACUGCAGCGAUCCUGGGACUACCUACAUCUUUGGCCGUGGAGGAGCCCUCAUCACCUACACGUGGCCUCCCAAUGACAGGCCUAGUACACGGGCAGACCGACUGGCUGUAGGCUUUAGCACGCAACUUAAAGAGGCUGUGCUGCUACGAGUGGAGAGUGCCAAAGGACUGGGAGACUACCUAGAGCUUCACAUAGAGCGAGGAAAGAUCGGCGUCAUCUUCAACGUGGGAACGGACGACAUCGCGAUCGAGGAGAACGGAGUGGUGGUGAGCGAUGGCAAAUAUCACGUGGUGCGCUUCACUAGGAGCGGUGGCAAUGCCACCCUGCAGGUGGACAACCAGCCCGUCAUCGAACGCUUCCCAUCAGGGAACUUUGAUAAUGAGCGCCUGGCUAUUGCCAGACAAAGAAUCCCAUACAGACUUGGUCGGGUAGUAGACGAGUGGCUACUCGACAAAGGUCGGCAGUUGACAAUCUUUAACAGCCAGGCUUUCAUAAAAAUCGGCGGCGGCGAAAAAGGCCGCAACUUCCAAGGGCAAAUCUCGGGCCUGUACUACAACGGCCUGCAGGUUCUAAAGUUAGCGGCGGAAGGAGACCCGAAUGUACAAGUGCAGGGUAACCUGCGUCUGGUGGGCGAAGUGCCCUCGGUCCUCACCACAGACACCACGUCCACCACGCCGCUUGCAGACAUGUCCACCACUAUUAUGGAGACCACCACCACCAUGGCCACCACCACCACCCGCAAGCAGCGCUCACCCACCAUGAGAGACACUGUCACACAGAAUACAGAUGAUCUGCUAGUAGCAUCAGCAGAAUGUCCUAGUGAUGAUGAGGAUUUAGAGGAAUGCGAGCCUGGCGGAGGUGAAUUAGUGUUGCCCAUAAUAACCGUGGAUUCCCUAGAUCCCCCUUCAGUCGCAACAAGGUACCCAGUUAUCCCCCCACCCCCUACCUACCACCCCUUCCUCACACUGCUUGAGACCACAAAAGAGUCCAUGUCCACUUCCAAUGGCCAUGCGCCAUGUCCAAUGGACCAGGAGGACUGUGAGGAGGCCAUGGAGGUCUCAGCUUACGGCUCGGGUGAGAUGACCGAGUCAGAUGACGAGGACUAUUACAAAAACUCCCCCUUAGUCACAGACCGAACCGUGCUCCCGCCUCCUCCGGCGGUGGCCAAAAACCCACGUGGGGAUCGGCACUUUUCUCGCCAUAAUCCCAACUCCCAGCAGCCCCUCUCUCCGUCCACCCCCACGACCUCGCCACGACUUAAACCCAAUAUCAACAGUGGCCCUAAUAUUCCAGCGGGAAAAAUGAACACCCGAGAUCAAGUGCUCCUGCCACCCGUCCAGCCUUCUGGGGAUCCCGAACAUGGCGGGCGGCACAGGCACAUUCCUGGUAUAACAAACCCUCCCAAUUUUCCUACUGCAGAGCCUUCAUCUCCUGACCGAGGCCCUCCAGGUGCAGUGGAGGUGAUCCGGGAGUCCAGCAGUACCACAGGGAUGGUGGUGGGGAUCGUCGCAGCAGCUGCUUUGUGCAUCCUCAUCCUCCUGUACGCCAUGUACAAAUAUCGGAACCGAGACGAAGGAUCGUAUCAGGUGGACCAGAGCCGCAACUACAUCAGCAAUUCAGCCACACAGAGCAAUGGGACGCUGGUGAAAGAGAAGCAGUCCGGUACAACCAAAACAGGCACCAAGAGCAAGAAGAACAAAGACAAGGAAUACUACGUCUGAGCUCAGGCCUGACAGGGACAGAGACAGAACAGAGAGCAAGAGAGAGAGUGAAAGAUAGAGAGAGGGAGGUGGAAUACUGUAAGAACAGGGAUGGUGAAAGUUCUGCUUUUUGUUGUCUAUCAUAUUUCUUGUUCAACCUUCCCCACUGUUCCCAAACAAGCUCGAUGAAAUACCAGAGAUAUAGAGUUAAAACCCAUCAGAUUGAGAUCGCUUUCUUGUCUUUGCCUUUUUUGAUAAAUAUUCCGGAUAACUUUUGUAAUGUUGGGCUAACUGCACAUUGGAUUUGUUCUGUUGUAACCGUUCCACACUCUUGCUUGCUCGUUGUAAAUACCAUGUUAGUCUUGGGUCUUCGGGAUCUUCAGGAUCACCUAACCUGUUGUUGCAACACCAAUAUGUGCCAAGCCCAGAAGAUUCCUUCUUUAUGAAGAUGCUCCGUACGGUUAGCUACCGCAUACCUGAAGUAUUUCUGUGAGCGCUACUCGAAAAACCAAGUGAGUGUUGGACAAAGUUAGGGAAAAAAGUAUCCAUGAAAUUGAGAGAUCAACCAGUCGUGCCAGUCCAAAUUACUGCCAAACCAUCUCAGUGUCAAAUACGCCUCCCUUUCUGCUCCAAGUAUUCACUCCUUAUAUCUCUCUCUUAUCUUAUUCAAUCUCUUCCUCUCUCUCUCUUUCCCUGUUCGGCUUGUACUCUUAAAUUCCUCUCCUUGUCUUCGGUGCUCAGGAGCUGAUGCAACAUAACUUCUGCUGUGUUUUAAGCAUGUAGUAUUCCUUAAUGAAAAAGAGACAAUAACCUGUUGAGUUUAUGUGGAGUUAAAAAAAAUAUAUCUUUGAAAAAUAAAAAAUUCACAAGAUUAGACGUGGAAAUUUGAGAACGCGACAUCCACGGUUACUGUUUAGCCACUGAAACGCUCUGAGGCCAAACCCUUCGGUUGUCCUUCAUUCCAGCAGAUAUACAUCACUUGUUAACGGGCUUGGAUGUUGAGCCCUUUCAAAGGUUAGUAAAGCAUAUACAAAGAACCAGAACCAGAAAAAGUAACAUCUCACAGCAGCGAAAUGACUUUAUUCCCUAGAAAUAUCUCUCUCUAUAUAUAUAUACGUGUAUAGACGACUGAGCAACUCAAGGACAACCUCAUGGAAAGGGAGUUGUUAGAUAAUAUCCAUCCCCUGCUUUGAGGUGAUAACAGGUCGUCAGUGUGAGUCAGUUUUCUUCUUUACCUUGUGCAUUUCUGGAACAAGCCACAAGCAACAUGUCCAUGAAAAGAACAAAAAGAAAGAAAGAAAGAAAGAAAGAAAAGAAAAA